UUGGUCUAACGAUGAGUUAGUCAUUAUAGGAUGAAUGGCAUUCCUGUUUAUGACUGAUGUUGUUUAGUAGUGGAUGUAUUGUUGUGCUUGUCUACCUCUUUCUGUCUCCAACAGUUCGUUCACGUAGUAAGUCGUCAUCUACCUUACUACAUUAUCGUAUUCAUGCAGAUCGACCUCAUAAUAUAGUCCAUCAUAUACGUUGGAUUAGUGACUUUCUAUACCUCCUUGACACGAAAUAUUAUUAAACACUUAACCAUCUUACUUUUUGGUAUGUGUUUUCAGUAUUCGGGGUGCAUUAUACUUUUAAAAGAUGGCAGGUCCUUCAAAGCUAUCUGAUGAGUAAAGUUAGUAAUAGAUGUCACUUAUCAAAGCAAAAUUGGUUUAUGAAAAUUAUUGGUAUUUAACUAUAUAAUGGGAAGAAUUUUCCGUGGUACUUCAGGUUUAACACAAACCGACACCAAUAAUAAUUUCGACCUCAUUUCAACAGUAAAUUAGGAAAGUAUAUAUCUACCAAGUAAUUGAAUUUGUCAAGUAUUACAGAGCCACUGUAAUAUGGGAUAUUUUGGUGUUUAAAUGAACUGAUGAUUCCUUUGUACUUGUUGAAUGCUUGAUUUCGAAUUCGAAAUACAGUACAUUCGUUUGUGGUUAUCUAGUACUUCUUGAUCCGACUACGUUAUUUCUGGGAUUCCUAGUUCGUACCAUAAUUCAAAUACUUUUAAUUAUCACACUGACGACGCGAUGGAGCCUGUGAUGGGAUUGUUGGAUGUACAUUCAGAUCUUGAUGCUUUUGAGGAUUACUUUGAAAGGUUCGAAAUCUGGGCUAUGACCAAGAAAGAUGCUGAGGAUGUUAAUAUUGUAGCACACUUCCUCACAUUCAUCGAAAAAGAGGCAUACAGCUUAUUAAGAACUCUGAAUGUGCCGGAAAAGCCCAUUUCGCUUCCUUAUACAACUCUCAAGGAACUUCUGCCUAUGUUAAGUAUACAAAUUUCGAAUGUGGUAAAGGAGGAAGGUUUCGUAAAAUGAUUUAUGAGGAUAUAAAAAAUUCCACUGCAUUACGUCAUCCCAACCCAGACCAUACUCAAGUUUAUGCAGAUAAUUCAUCGAGGAGUUGCGAUGCAGUCCACGAGGAUGGGCACAAGUUUGGUCAAUGUUUGUCCUGUGGCAGGUUCCACUCUUUUAAUUCAUUGAAAUGUCGUAAUUCUAAGUGCAUUAAAUGUGGUGAUAUUGGACAUAUUCAGUCAGUUUUUAAUACAACUAUUCAUCUUGCUGCAACGAAUAUUAAGUCUUGUAGUUCUGAUUCUAUUAAGUCCAGUGUUCCUAGUGAUCAUUUAUCCCUAUCAACGAUUUCAAAAGACAGUGUGGAGUCAUAUAGCAGUUCAGAAUUGAGUGAAACUCAGAAUCUUUGCGAGACAGCAGUUUCUAAUCAAUCAACUUAUCAGAUUUCUCAUGUUAUUGUACCAGAUAUGGAUUUUCCUAACGAUUCACAUAUUUCUGACGAAAUUCCUUGCAAAUCUGAGAAAAAUAUGUUGAAUGAACCUAGUCAUGAUCGGAAACCUGAUAGAUGCUGAUUUUUCUAAUGAUCCUUUACUCUGCAAUGACAUUCAUAAUUAAUUCGAGGCAGCUAUUUCAGAAGAGUCAAAGCUUGAUGUCAUACCGAAUAUUAUUUGUCCUCAUAAUGCAUUCGUUUUUGUGGGAAACUUGUUCAAUGCGAAGCACAAAUAAUAAAUGGGCUCGAUUUUGAUUACAAUUCGGAUGAUUUCAUAUCAACUGAUGUUUAUCCUUAUCACAAAAACACUUUUAAUGUUUACUCUAAACAAUGUGAGAAAUAUGUUUUAAAUGAAGUUACAUCAUUCAUAAAUUGGGUAUAUAAGAUCCAACAUUAUUUCGUGGGGGAGGAAAGUCUAAAAGUGUGCGGUUCAAAUUCUAGGUAGCAGCGGUUUCAGUACACAACCGACAUGCUUAUUACACAAUCCCAGGAAGCAGGUGAGUGUUCCGAUUUCGAUUGUUAAUUCUAAUACUCAUGAGUGCAUUCUAGAUAAUAGAGUUUUUAUCCAACACAAUUUUGGACAGACACAGGACUAAUUUAAGAAGAAGACGUACAAUUUAUUACAGACACCUAGACUCCAAUUUAAGCUGUGGCGUAUGUGGUGUUCGAAUGAACUGAUGAUUCCUUUGUACUUGUUGGAUGCUUGAUUUCGAAUUCGAAAUACAGUACAUUCGUUUGUGGUUAUCUAGUACUUCUUGAUCCGACUACGUUAUUUCUGGGAUUCCUAGUUCGUACUAUAAUUCAAAUACUUCUGAUUAUCACAGACAUUUUUCCGGUAAAUGUCAAUGCUGUUGUUACGAUUCAUUCCAAACCUUUAUGAAAAAAAUACUACAUACGCCGAUCCCAGUUGUAAAGCAACCAUGAUAAUGAACGACGAAAGUUAGUGGAAGAUUCUGGAUACUGUGUGAAUGACAGCUAUAGUAGACAUUAAUGACUUGCACAGUUUAGGAAUUCGUUUCAUUUCUAUACGCUUCAUAUUUGAUUAAUCAACCAUCUAUAGCCGUUACGGCUACGAUUAAUCAGAUACUAACCCUCUCCAUAAUUAUUGGUUUUAUCAUUGUUCGCUGAUUGCCUAUAAGUUAGGUUCGGUAUCUUUUGUAAAAUGAACUAUGAAGCAAAACAUAAACGCUGGACCAUGACCAUCAAAUAGAAGUUCAGAUCGCUGUGUUAAGACUGUCAUUGCUUGGUGAGUCAUAAGGAAAUUAAAUAAUUUAAAAACGAUAAUAAGAGACCGGAAUUUUCCAACUGUAACAGAGAUCUUGUGUUCCUGACUAAGGCAUUAAAACUAGCGAUGCUUUUUUAUAUUCAAUGAUUUACCAGAACGUGUUUGUUAACGGGAAAAUUUAUUUCAUAUACAUGCCAGAUUUAUUUAUCCCUUUUUAGAUUGACAUUUUACAACUUAUUAAUUGCAUAACUAAUUCUUUAGAUUUUUAGAGAAAUCAUUAUCUAAUGUUUUUCAUGUUUACAUUACAGACUGUAGUGAAUUGUCAUAUUUCAAUGGUUAAGAUCAUGAGUCAGUUGAAGCUAGACCACCAUGGAAGACCUGGAAGCACUG